UUUAUAGAGAUCGUUACAGUAUGAGUGGGAGAAAAGGCAAGUACGACUACCAUCGUCUUAGAGAAGAACGGACGUACACAGAUGCUCAGUUUAGGAAACCAGCAGUCAAAGUGCCAGUAAAGGCUAUUGGUCUUGCUGUUAUGCUGUUUCUAGUGGGAUCUGUUCUACUUAUUCUUGGCUCAUUACUUGCUACAGGUGUAGUAGGAAUCUCAGUCAGUGAAAGGGAUUAUGUCAAAUCCGUUUGUUUGGAAGAACAUAAUGGAGGGAGUGUUGUUGCCAGCAAUCAAUUCUGGAAGUGCAACAUGGAAGCUAUCAUCUCGGAAAGUAUGUGACAGAAUCCACCAAGCAUGGAGAAGAGGGUACAGACAAGGUCUAGGAAUUCCUAGCCAAUGUUCUCUAACAGAUAUCUUUGGUCCAACAACUUUCAAAGAAGCAGAAGACCUGCUUAUUAGACAGCAACUAUUGUCCAUUUGGAGAGUCCGUCAUUCUGCUAAUGAUAUUGUUUCAAACUUUAUCAUUCAACCGGAAACCCAAGAGCAGAACCAUUAUUGGAACCGUAUUGUUAUACCAGGCAGGAGAAACAUGAAGGAUCAUGUCACACAGAGAAUACAAGAGUUGGUUGAUCCAAUGAGUGCUUGUAAUUGUUGUUAGUAUUUUUCUUCUUCUUUUUCUUGUGUAUGUCUGUCUGUUGUGACUACGUAAUUUUGUCGUUAUUGUGUAUGCCUUUGGGUACUGUACCAUCUUGGUAAGAAACAAAAUACAUAUUAUUAUAUUAAUUAUUAUUAAAACAGAGAUCAGAAUACCUUUUAAUAGUCUGAUGACUUUUGAGAAGCUUUUGUUGCUUAUGUAUUUUACUGUCACAACUUCCUGUCUUACUAACAAUACCAUCAAGAUAGCAAAAAUUGUCAACUUUCUGUAAGCAAUGGCCAUUAAUAGAUUAUCAAUGCCAACAGUGAGGACAUUAGUCUUUUCAAUGCCAGUACUUGUACCCCAUUUAAUACAGAUUUAUGCAAAGCAUUGACAGAUUAUUGGAGGCAAUGAGAUGACUUUGAAAUGAGGGCCAAAUCGACUGCAUACAUUUCUGCUAUAAGUUUGGUACACACACAAACAAACAAACAAACAAACAGACAACACACACCAGCAAUGAUUAUUAAAUUACAAGUGUAAUAAUUUUAUUUUCAUUGCCUCAUCUGUAAUUAUACGUAAUAGUAUAGUACAGCUAAGUUUUUGUGUAACACUCCACAGUUGUCAUGUGUUCUGUAUUGCUGUU